CACAUGCAUCACCUCAAUGCCUCUAUAUUUAGUGUAAGAGAAACACAGAGAACUAAUCAUCUCUGAUGGCUACUAGAAAUACUUCUAACCUUAGUGUUCUAAUGCUACCAUGGUUAGCCCAUGGCCACAUAUCUCCCUAUCUAGACCUCGCCAAGAAACUCUCCACGAGAAAUUUUAAUAUAUUUCUUUGUUCUACUCCGAUCAACCUCGAGUCGGUCAAGAAUAAGGUAACUGGCAAAUGGUCAGAGUCGAUACAGUUGGUGGAACUCAAUCUUCCCCCAUCCCCUGAUCUUCCUCCUCACUAUCAUACAACCAACGGCCUCCCGCCCCAUCUCAUGGGCUCCCUCAAGACAGCAUUCGCAGACUCAAGUGCUAACUUCCUCACGAUCUUUGAAUCUGUUAAACCGGAUAUGCUGAUAUAUGAUUAUAAUCAGUCCUGGGCAGCUGAUAUUGCCUUGUCUAAUAAUAUCCCAGCAGUUCAGUUUCUUUUGAGCUCAGCAAUUUUUUCUUCACUUAGACGUCAAAUGUUGUACAGCGAUUCAUCAGUGACUUAUCCAUUUCCGAUUUCCAUCCACAAGUACUUCACUGAAAAGAUGAAGGCCAGACUCAAGUCUUCCCCAGAUGAUGCAAAGUAUAUAGACCGUGCAAGGGGAGCUAGCAAGAAAUCCAGAGUGAUUCUGCUCAGGAUUUCUAGAGAAAUCGAAGGGAAAUACGUGGAUUAUAUAUCUAAUUUAUCUCAAAAGAAGACGAUACCUGUUGGGUCACUUGUUCAGGAAUCCCUACAAGAAACAGGUGAUGACUGUACAGAGACAAUCCAAUUUCUGGACAAAAAGGAUAAGUCUUCAGUAGUGUUUGUUUCCUUUGGCAGCGAGUAUUUCCUAAAGAGGAAAAUCCAAGAGGUUGCAUAUGGAUUGGAGCUAAGCAGGCUCAACUUCAUAUGGGUUAUCAGAUUUCCUUUCGGAGAAAACAUUAAGAUUGAAGAGGCACUCCCUAUAGGAUUUCUGGACCGGGUUGGGGAUAGAGGACUUGUUGUGGAGGGAUGGGCUCCACAUGCAAGAAUCCUACAUCAUUCGAGCACUGGAGGGUUCAUUAGUCACUGUGGAUGGAGUUCUAUGAUGGAGAGCAUGAUGUUUGGUGUUCAGGUCAUAGCCAUGCCUAUGCAUAUUGACCAGCCAUUUAAUACGGUAGUUGUGAAGGAGGUAGGAGUUGGACAAGAGGUUGAGAGAGAUGAGGAUGUCAGGUUUAAGAGAGAAGAGAUUUCAAAAGUGAUAAGAAACGUUGUAAUAGAGAAAAGUGGGGAGACUGUAAGGAGGAAAGCAAAGGAAAUGCGUGAGAUGAUUAGAGAAAAGGGCGAAAAAGAAAUAGACGAAGUUGUUGGGGGAGCUCGUAAACUUUUGCAAGGAGAAGAAAGACAAAGUUACAUCUUCCACAAUGUAAUAGUAGUUCAAAAGAUAGUCAAGAAUUUGGGAAGAUGAAUUAGAUGUUACGUAUGCUGUCAUCAAAUCAUAACAUUUGUCUUAGUAAUAUGU